AUGGAGGCUGAAUCAACGGCUCCGCGAAAGGAACCAGCGGCCGAUAAUAUCAAAAAUGUCAUCCCCGUUCAAAACAUGGCGGAUAGCUCUUUGGCUGCCAUGACGCGGGAUGGGCCAGUGCAGCACUCGUUACCCACAGGAGAAGUUUCAACGGACACUGGGCAACCUCGGGACGCUGACAAGUCGCCCCAGUCCGUGCCGGCGAAGCCUCCAACGAUAGAGAAUAAAGCGCAACCAGCGCGAACAGCGCGAACGAGAGGAUCAGACAAAGAUGAACAAACCUCCCGUCCUCCCCAAGCAGAGAAUGACAGCCACAAUGCUUGCCAACGCCAAAAUUCACACCUAAAUCCCACGGAUCGAUAUCGCCCGAAUCCUGCUCCUCUACCGACGUCUACAUCUACAAAACCACAUUCCACACAGCCACCACCACCGCCGCCGCCGCCGCCGAAAUCACAACAACACAUGUCUAUUCCCCCCUUGAUCCCCCAAGCAGAAAGGCACAACCUCGAACAUCCCCCCGGCUACAUCCAAAACUCCGCCGCCAUCUCCCUCCCCCCACCACCACCUCCUCCACAGCCCCCAACGCCUUCCUCCACCGGCCACUGGUACUGGUCCGACGCACCCAACCUCUCCGGUGGCAGAUACGUCUACUCUGCAUCGUGCUCUCCGGCCCCCAUCCCGUCGCCGUAUCCGGGGACGUCUGCGGAAACGUCGCUGGCUUCGCGCGCGGCGCAUAGGUACGAUUUGUCUGAGAAUGAUCAGUUUGGGAACGGGGGAGCGGGGAAUGCUGGUUAUGAAUGGGGGGAAUGGGCGUGGGAGGGAGCGAAGAAUUGGGGACGGGCGAUGGGGAAUCGGCUGGCGGAGGCGGAGGAGGGGGUGUGGAGGUGGGUGAAUCGGAAGGUGUGA